CGUAAGUAUACCAUCAUAACCUGAAAGUGCUUCUACAAAAAAUUGUUUUGGGCUGUUCGAUUAAUAAAAUAAACUUUUUCGUGGAGCGAAAAAUGGACACUAAUUAUGAUUUAAUAAAAACUAUCGAUGACGAUCAAGAAGUUCCAGAUUUUUCAGAUAAAUCGGAUGAAGAAGAAGAUUUCCAGCCACGAAGACCGAAGAAGAAGGAGGAAAAGGAGCGAAAAGACUUUGACAACGAUUUUCAGUUUAUAAAUUCCACUUCUGAAUAUAACCAGGACACUUGGAAUGAUUUGAGCAAAUACAUAAAACGAAUAGCGAAAACAAAGCUCGAUGAUAAAAUAAAAAUUGCGCGACGCGAUCGACAGAAUGGAAUAGAAGAAAUCGAAAUUGACCCGGAAUUAAAAGAAGUUAAAGGGGACGAUGGUGUUUAUCUUUCGGACGAGGAUCUCAAAAAAGAUGACUUCAAAACGAGGCAAAAGAAAGGGAAGAAAUUCGAGAAGAAGAAGGAUGCAGAGCUGAUGGAUUUUGAAGAAUGUUCAGCAUACGAUACGUCUACGACUUUUCAACAAAUGAAUCUUUCAAGACCUUUGAUGAAGGUUUGUAUUUUAUUUCUCAUCGUUAUAAUACAUUCCUAUUGA